CUCUCUCGCCGAGAUACCGCCUUGCCGGUCAGUGGUCACAGUCACAGCCCAACCGGGACAUAGACCCUUCAUAGGGUCGGACGCGAGGCAUCAAAACAGAAGGAUUUUAUCCGCCAGGCAGCUUUCGCGUACUAAUCAAGCUUCCCUGCAGCACCAGCCAUCAGGCGCCAUACUUCACAAUCUCAAACCCCUCUCUAGCUGGCCUCUCUGGAAUUAUCUCUUCAGCGCCAUGGAUCCGAACCCCGGAGCCUUCCCUCUUCUCUCCUACGUCAUGAGUCGUCUCCCUUCUCUGGGCUCUACUUCCGGACCUUCCACCGCCGCUGAAUUCGAUAUCGAACAGCCUCACCCUCCGCCGCCGCCGCCACCCCAUCUUCAUUCAUCUUCUUCGCCUGAACCCGAAAUUGUGGGCAAAAUGCCUCACCUUACUGAUCCCAAACUCUUAGCUGCCAUGACCCGCGCAGUCUCCGAAGUCGCCCAGACCCGAUCAGUACUCAAGCUCAUUGGGGAGCGGCCCGACCACGAAGCUGUCGAUCGUGCAAAGGCCAAGCUUGCGGAUAUUGAAGCCCUUUUGUCCAAGCAACUGGAGGAGAUUGUGCUGUCCCCAAGGCCCGAGAAUGUUGACAUCCUUCAGUGGCGGGCUCAUCAAGCUGAAAAGGAGAAAGAGUGCAGGGAAUUAGCGGAGAAAGCAAAGCGGCCGUAUAAAUCACUGAUACAGUUGGACGAGAUGCACGAUGCUUAUGAGAAACUGCUUGGGGAUGCUGAGAAGAGGCUGGUGGAAAUCUACGAGUCUGAUGGGCAAGUAGCUGCUGAUAAUGCCGAGGGCGAGAAAGACGAGCAUGUUGGGCAGGAGGUUCACGAAGAGGUUGUCGGGAUACUACGAGAGGCUUAUGGAAAGGGGAUGGAGAGAUUGGAUCUUUCAGGGCGGAGGUUAAGGUUGUUGCCUGAGGCCUUUGGGCGAAUUCCUGGGUUGGUUGCGCUUGAUCUUUCGAACAAUCAGCUCGAGGCUAUCCCUGAUUCUAUUGCUGGGUUGCAAAGUCUUGAGGAGCUUAACGUCUCUUCAAAUCUUUUGGAGUCUCUUCCAGAUUCCAUUGGCUUGCUACAAAAGUUGAAAUUUCUAAAUGUCUCCGGGAACAAACUAAAGGCCCUCCCUGAUUCCAUCUGUCACUGCAGGUCAUUGGUGGAGCUGGAUGUAAGUUUCAAUAGUCUGACAUAUUUGCCAACAAACAUCGGAUAUGAACUGGUGAACUUGCAGAAGCUGUUGAUUCAAUUGAACAAGAUUCGGUCUCUUCCGUCAUCUGUUUGUGAAAUGAGGGCCUUGCGCCUUCUAGAUGCUCAUUUUAAUGAGCUUCAUGGGCUUCCUAUUGCAAUAGGGAAACUGACUAAUCUUGAAGUUCUCAACCUGAGCAGUAAUUUCAGUGACCUUAGGGAACUUCCUGAUACAUUUGGUGAUCUGACUAACCUCAGGGAGUUGGACCUCAGCAACAAUCAGAUUCAUGCACUCCCUGACACAUUUGGCCGCCUCGACAAUUUGGUCAAGCUCAACUUGGAGCAGAACCCCCUGGAAUUGCCACCAAAGGAAAUUGUAGAUGAAGGGGUUGAAGCCAUAAAAACUUUUAUGGCUAAGAGAUGGGUUGAUAUAUUGCUUGAGGAAGAAAGAAAAAGCCAUGAAAUGCAAGAACAGGCAGAGGCUGGCUGGUUAACACGAAGCACCUCCUGGUUGAAGAAUUAUGUAUCUAGUGUUUCUGGAAGUGUCACCGGGUAUCUGGGGUCACCUAGGACUCAAAGAGAUCCUUGUCUUGAUCAGCAGCUUUAAGGGGAGGGUGCAGUAGCUUAUAGUCUGGAUUCGGAUGCUCUCAUUUAUGUGCAUAUCACUUAAAUACCACCUGCUGGCAGGCAUCAAUGCCCUGUACCUCCUUUGGUUGCUCCAAAUCCACUCUGCCUUGCUGAAAGCAGAUGAUAACAGACAUUCUCGUGUUUUGCUUAGAUUGUUUGAUUGUCAAAGUUUAGCUGUAAUCUUUUAGCCAAAGAAAGUUUAACUAUAAUUUCCCGAUGGAGUAGCUACAGUUUCCAAUGUACAUUAUUUACGAAUCACCCAGUUUUAAUUUCUCCGUGAGCAUUUUCU